AUGGUUGUUCCACUUACUGUCUACAGCAACAGCGACAUCCACUUCAGAAAGGGAGAAGACACCAUCCGGAAUGGAGUCUACUCUAUCUCUGAUGAGAACUACAAGCGUCUCAAGUAUCCAGACUGGACUCCUACUUGGGACCCUAAGCACCAAAUGGCUUUCACCAACCCUAAGCCAUUCAGACAUACCGACAGAGCCUACUUUGGGGACCCUACUUUCCAAAGCUUGCUCUCUGGUGAAAACGUUCAAACCAGAAAGCUUAGUCCUAAGCUCGGAACUGAGGUCACUGGCGUGCAGUUGAGCGCACUCACCGCUAGACAAAAAGACGAUCUCGCCUUGCUUGUGGAGCAGAGAGGUGUUGUCGUCUUCAGAGACCAGGACUUCAAGGACCAAUCAUUCGACUUUAUCAAGGACUGGGGUAGACAUUUCGGUCCUUUGCAUGUCCAUCCAACCUCUGGAGCUCCUCUGGGACAGCCUGAGUUCCACAUCACUUUUAGAAGAGGAAGCAAGGAUGAGGCCAAAAAGACUUUUGCCAACAAGCUGAACAACAUCACGUGGCAUUCUGAUGUCACGUACGAGACCCAGCCUCCUGGAAUCACUCUGUUUGGUAUGUUGCAAACUGAUGUUGGUGGAGACACGCAGUUCCUUGACACUAUAGAGGCUUACGAAAGACUCUCGCCAACCAUGAAAAAGCUGUUGGACGGCCUCAAGGUUCUGCACACAUCAAAGGACCAGGCUUCCAAUGCCCGGCAGCAGGGAGGCAUUGAGAGGAAAACUCCAAUUGACUCAAUCCACCCACUGGUCAGAUACCACCCUGUCCUAAAGAAGAAGUGUUUGUUCGUCAACAGAAACUUCUCUAGAAGAAUCCUGGGUCUCAAAUUAGAGGAGAGCCAGGCCCUGCUUGAAUUCUUAUUCAGACACCUUGAGACCUGUCUGGAUGCUCACAUCCGUGCGCAGUGGGACGAGAGAACCAUCACCAUCUGGGACAAUCGUCGCUUGCUGCACACAGCCACGCUGGACUGGGACUCCGACAACUUGAGACAUGCGUUCCGGUUGACCACCAUAGCCGAGAGACCAGUUGGUAGCGAGGAGGAAUUCAAUGAAUGGACCGAGGAGUUGGAGGAGGAAAAAAUCAAGCGCACAGAGGAAGACUCUCUCAUUCCACCAUACGAGUAUUACGAGAGAUACUACAAAUAA